UCUGGUGGGUCAGAGCUCACAAGACGCCGACCGCUCCAAACCCAGCGAGAGAAAGACAGAACGAGACUAGAGAAAAACCAAGUAACCCCGAACAAAAGAGAGCGGGGAUCUGAACGGAGAGGAGUGUCCCAUCGGUUCCCCUCUCUCAACAGGUGGGACGCCAGGAGGGGAGAGACAGAGGCGCGACUGAGUCCGACACACGGGACACAUUCCAGGUGGAUACGCCCCACCAGACCUUCAGACCCCGCGGAGCGGCGUGGAGAUGAAGAUCCUCCUGGGAGUGAUUCUGCUGCUCUCCCCGCUCUGCUCCACGCAGCCCUUGGAUCCCGAUGGGAGGAACGUCUGCCACCACCCCAGACGGCCAUCCACUGCUGUAUGUUGUACUGGAUGGAGACAAGAGGGACAGGAAUGCACUCAGCCCGUGUGCGAGGGCGAGCAUUCCUGCCAAGGGGACGAGGUGUGUGCGUAUCCGGGUGUGUGCAGCUGCCCUCCGGGCUACUUUGGAGCUCAGUGUAAAACACGCUGCCCCGCGAACUUCUGGGGGCCCGACUGCCGCAGGGCGUGCCCGUGCCACGCGCACGGCAUCUGUCACCCCGUGACCGGCGAGUGCACCUGCAACCACAACCGCUGGGGGCCGCUGUGCCAGCACUCCUGCCGGUGCGGCCGCCGCGGCCGCUGCCACCCCACCCAGGGCAACUGCACCUGCGAGGAGGGCUGGUGGACGCCGUCCUGCGGCCGCGCCUGCCAGUGCUCGCCGGGCGGCGCCGAGGGCCCCGCGUGCGACCAGCUCAGCGGCAGCUGCCGGUGCCAGAGGGGCCACUGGGGCCAGGCGUGCAGUCUGUCCUGCAACUGCCACCUGUCGCCGUGCCACCAGCGCACGGGGAAGUGCAAGUGCCGCUGGGACUGGUGGGGGGACACCUGUGACCAGAGCUGCUCCUGCGACCCCGAGCACGGCCGGUGCGAGCCGCAGCACGGGACCUGCCUGUGCCACGCGGGCCACAGGGGCCCCCGCUGCAGCCAGCCCUGCGAGCCCGGGACCUACGGCGGCGGCUGUAAGAUGAGCUGUGGGUACUGCAGAGAGGGCCAGCCGUGCGCCACCACGGACGGAGCGUGUGCGGCCUGCGAGCCCGGCUGGAACAGCACGCGGUGCGACCGGCUCUGUCCGGCCGGUUACCACGGCAGCGGUUGCCAGGAGACGUGCCCCCGCUGCCGGGACGCCGAGCCGUGUGACCCGAGGACCGGGAAAUGUGCCCGGUGCGACCCUGGAUGGAGAGGCCCCAGGUGUGAUGAGGCCUGCUCUGACAGGACGUAUGGAGGCGCCUGCCGCUUCCUCUGUAGCCCCUGUUUCCAUGGUAACUGCCACCAUGUGACAGGAAGAUGUGUCUGUGAGCCAGGCUUUAUGGGAGAGAGCUGUAACAGCACCUGCCCUACCUCGCUGUACGGACUCAACUGUUCUUCUGGCUGUGACUGUGGAGAGGGGGUCCACUGCCAUCCGGCCAGCGGGGCCUGCCCCAGCAGUGGCCUUGGGGUUCUGCUCGCAGGCAUUCUGGUUCCUUUAUUCCUGCUGCUGCUGGUGGUUCUCUGCUGCUGUGUGUGUUGUGGAGGAGGCUCUGCAGAGGCCAAAGACAGGGAGUCAUCCCGUGAUGGUAAUGCUUUAGUUCGGAUGAAAUACCACAUCUUCAAUGUCCUUGCAAACAUCAGUGCGUCACUGCCCUGCAUCUCUGCGUGGACCUCUGGCCUGCCUCGUGUCACAGUGUCUCACCAUGACCCCGAGCAGACCUUCAAUCACAGCUUCAUCGAGCCCCCGUCCUGUGGCUGGGUCAGCGAGGGCUCGUCCUUCGACAGUGAGGAGGAGGAGGGGGAGGCCCUGUACUGUGUUCCACCGAGGGAGGAUGGAAGAGACAUGGCGGACGGGAGCUUCCAGGAGAUGAGCUCCAAGUGCAACAUGUUCCUGGACCCGUCGGGCUUCUCCAGCGAGGACAUGGCUCUGGGCUUCGCCAUCCCCCGCACCUCCAGCAUCGCCAAGUCCAAGCGGCCCUCCGUCUCCUUCGCCGAGGGCACCCGCUUCACCGCCGUCCCCCCGCCGGGACCCCCGCUACGCAGCAAAGCCCCCAAGUCACCCUGGGGUGCUCUGAUGCUGUCCACCCUCAGCCUUCAGGGAGGCGCGGCGGCGAGGUCGGGUGAGGAGGAGGGCGUCCCUCAAGGGGGCGGAGAGGGGGGCGACCGGGAUUCAGCCAGCGUGGGGGAGGAGCAGGACCCCGAGAGGAGGACCCACCUGCAGGUCCCCGGGACGUCCGGGAGGAGACGCACCGGGACCACCGCCCCCGCCACACCUUCUCCCGGGUUGGGAGCCCAGGCUGCGGAGUCCCCUUCCGACCCGAAGGUGGCGGCGCCCGAUAAGGUCACCACGGUGUACGUGACGGUGGGCAGGGCGGGGGGGGCCCCCGUCUCCGAGGGGCCCGUGCAGGCCGUGCUGCGGCGCCUGGGCAGCCUGCAGAGACACAAGGAGCAGAACAGCACGGCCAGGCCCAAGGUCCGGAGCGCCGAGGGGGCGGUCAAACCGCCGAGGAGGAAACUGGGGGUCCGGGCCAGCGUGUGGGAGCAGGGCGGACCCCCCGGUGGCGGCAAGAGAGUGGCCAAGCCGAGCAGGAAGAAGCUGAGCGCGUCGAACUCGGCCGUGGCUGCUGUGGACGCUAAUGCCUACGACUCCCUGGCUCCAGAGUGCGACGCGCAGGCGAGGCCGCUGCUGGUCGUGUUAGGGAGCGUGCCAGAGACGGGUGCCACUGACUCAGGGUCAGGGGGGGCGAGGAUGGAGUCAGCUGACGUAUACGAGCGCGUUGGGGAGCCGGUGUCGGACCCCGGCCGCAGUGCGGAGGUCAACGCCAAUGGAGCCACGGAGGCAGACGAAAGGGAAGAGCCCAGCUAUGAAAACGUCCUGAUCGAACACUCGCAUGAGUCGCAUGCUGUCGUGUAAACAAGCUUAACGAUCAACCGAAGCUACUUCUCACGUACCAUAUACAGGGUUCUGCAUCUCUGUGUGCGACAACACUACCUCUGUAUAUGGAUGGACUAUGAAGGACAUAGACAGCCUUAUGUAUUGGCUGGGCAAGCCCUUUAAGACAAUAACUAUGAUGCAGGGCUUAAUAAAUAAAUAUGUUGUAUUGUUCUAAAUGCCUUGUUAAGUAAAUAAAUCUGUGCUACAAAGAUUAUAACGUACUGUAUCCAUGCAAUAACUUGAAAUGGUAAAUAAAAUGAAAUGGCUUUGGCAGA